AUGGCAUUCAUGAAGCAGGGGUCAAGGUCUGAACCUUUUCGUCGGGAAGGUCAAACGUGGGUUUGUACAACAGGACUACCAAGUGAUGUUACCAUUGAAGUUGGCGAAAUCUCUUUUCUCCUCCACAAGUUUCCAUUGCUUUCUAGAAGUGGCCAACUGAAGAAACUCAUUGCAGAGUCCUCUAAUGAAGAUGGAUCAAGUUGUGUUUUGCAACUUCAUGAUGUUCCUGGUGGAGCCAAAACAUUUGAGGAUAUAACCAGGUUUUGCUAUGGUGUAAAAAUAGAAAUCAGAUCCUUAAAUGUAGUCAGCCUAAGAUGUGCAGCUGAGUACCUCCAAAUGACUGAAGACUAUGGUGAAGGGAAUCUUAUUGCACAGACUGAGACUUUUCUCAAUGAAAUUUUCAGCAAUUGGCCAGAUUCCAUUAAAGCCCUUGAAACAUGUGAGGAAGUGCAACCCUAUGCAGAAGACCUCCAUAUAGUUUCAAGAUGCAUUGAUUCCUUAGCUAUGAAGGCUUGUUCCGACCCAAACUUAUUCAGCUGGCCUGUGGCUGCGCGUAAUUGCAAGCAAAAUCAAGCAGACGACCAUGCAUUAUGGAAUGGAAUUUCUUCUGAUACAAGAUCAUCUCAAAGUGAUCAUUGGUGGUUUUAUGAUGUGUCUUUGUUAAGCCUACCCCUGUAUAAACGACUCAUUAUAGCAAUUGAAGCAAAAGGAAUGAAGUCUGAGGCUGUUGCUGCAUCUCUCAUAUAUUAUCUUAGGAGGUUUCUCCCCUUGAUGAAUAGGCAAUCAAGCUUCACUGAUACAGGCCAUGCUACUAUUCCUAAUACCUCCGAAGCAGAUCAAAGGGCUCUACUUGAAGAAAUUGUGGAGUUAAUUCCUAAUAAAAGAGGGGUCACAUCCUCAAAGAAUCUGCUCAGGCUGCUCCGCACAGCCAUGAUACUGAGUGCAAGUCCAUCAUGUAGAGAAAAUUUGGAGAGAAGGGUAGGAGGUCAACUAGACCAGGCUGAGCUUGUGGAUCUUCUCAUUCCAAAUAUGGGAUACUCGAUGGAGACACUCUAUGAUAUAGACUGCAUUCAGAGGAUUCUUGAUCAUUUUCUGUCUAUAUACCAGCCUGCAUCUGUAGCAGCUUCUCCAUGUAUAAUUGAUCAGGGGGCAUUGAUAGCUGGAGCUGAUGCAUUGACACCUAUGACAAUGGUGGCAAAUUUGCUUGAUGGAUACCUUGCCGAGGUGGCUUCAGAUACUAAUAUGAACUUGACUAAGUUUCAGACACUUGCUAUUGCAAUUCCAGAUUAUGCUAGGCCACUUGAUGAUGGUAUAUACCAUGCAAUAGAUGUAUACCUUAAGAUACAUUCGUGGCUGACAGAUUCUGAACGGGAGCAACUCUGCAGAUUGAUGAACUGUCAAAAGCUCUCAUUGGAAGCUAGCACUCAUGCAGCACAAAAUGAAAGAUUGCCUCUACGAGUAAUUGUUCAAGUCCUGUUUUUUGAACAGCUUAGGCUCCGCACAUCUAUAUCUGGAUGGUUCUUUGUUUCUGACAAUCUUGAGAACGGACAUCACAAUGGAAAUGUUGUCCUCCCAAAUAAUGAUCCAUUUCAACGGGACACUGCAGAGGGAAAUGAAAACUUGAGGGAACGUCUUUUGGAGCUGGAGAAGGAAUGCUCAAGCAUCAGAAACGAGCUGCAGAAGUUGACUAAGACAAAGAAAAUUUGGAACAUUGGACGUACUUUCACUGACUGGGAAAGAUCGAAGUUGAAGAUUGCCGGUCACAAACAAAAGUCAGAUUUUGAGGUACACGCGUGGAUGCAGGAAGAUAGGAAUGUUUUUCCCACUGAUAGUGAAACGUAA